UCGACGCGAGUGCAGCCUGCGCCCGCCCGGGGAACAGUGUUGGACCCCCAGCUCCUCGCCGUGAUGCGCGCAGUGUCGGCGAGCAUAGAUUCGGCUGCAGCUGUAGACAUCGUUGGCGGAGCCGUGAGCACACCACGAGACGCCAGAUCCAGAGGCAGGAUGGGCGGCAGCAGCAGCAGCUGCUGCAGCAGUAGCACGAGGGGGACAGGAUGGUGGUGCUGUGGUGGACAUGGAGGCAGCACGGCCCGAUGUUUUUCGGGAAUAUUCUCUAGCUGCAUUGGCAGAAGCUACAUCGGAUUGGGCAGAGGAGAACCGGAUUGGAAGCGGCAGCUUUGGGGAUGUAUACAAAGGGGUGUCUCCCUAUGACCUCACUCAAGCCUGGGCAGUCAAACGAGCUCGAGUGCUCACCAACGAUUUCCAGACAGAGAUGAAGGAGAUGGCAAGCAAGCACCACCCUCAUCUCGUGCGCCUUCUGGGCUUCUGCAUCGACUUUGACCCGUCCACACGAAAGAUGGAGCAGAUUCUGAUAUAUGAGCUCAUGGAGAAUAGGGAUCUCGAGAGCUGGAUUGGACCUGGUGUCUCCAAUCCCCUUUCUCUGCGGCAGCGGCUGGAUAUACUGAUUGGAGUAGCUAAGGGGCUGCUGUACCUGCAUGAUUUUGGCAUUGUGCAUCGCGACAUCAAGCCAGCCAACAUUCUCCUUGAUGCAAAAAUGCAGGCCAAGAUAGCGGACUUUGGGCUUGUCAAGCUGAGUGGAGGCACCGCUAUGGGCACCUCGUCUGUGGCCGCCACUCGAGUGAUGGGCACACCAGGCUAUGUGGACCCUGCAUACUACAAGUCUCACAAGGCCACACCAGCAGCAGAUGUGCACAGCUUUGGAGUGGUGAUGCUGGUGGUCAUUACGGCACGCAAGGCGGUUCAUGUGACAGGGGACACCCAGAUCAACCUCAAAGCAAUGGGUGAGACUCAAAUAGCAACAGGUGGCUCCACUUGUGGCAUCCAGUGCUGUGACAGCAUUCAAGGACCCUGAUUUGGACGCACCGGAUGAUCUGGUGGUACGCUUGGCCCGCGUUGCCCUCUCCUGCACUGCCAUGCCCAGUGCCUCCCGCCCCGCCAUGAGCCAAGUGCUGUAGAGCUGGUGAAGAUGAGGGAGGAGGUUUGGGGAGAACAGGUGAACAGGGUUGCAUCUCGUAUUGACAAUGAAAUUGACACCUCAGGCCGCGAGGACUUCAAUGCUGAGAUAGCUCGUGCGAAGAACAUAGGCUCGUU